AUGAAGCUGUAUCUCUUCGGAGACCAAACCUUUGAGGUCCAACCUCACUUACAGCACCUCCUGCAGAAGCGCGACAAUCUCUUCCUCCAUGAGUUUCUGAAUCAGAGCUACAAUGCCCUCCGCGCUGAACUCUUCAAGAUCCCGUAUAGCAUCAGAAAGGAUCUUCCGCGGUUUACAUGCCAGGAGGAUCUCCUUCUCUGGGAUCAGAGUGGACCGCGAUGUGUGGCGCUUGAUAUGGCGAUGACGACUUUGUAUCAGCUUGGUACAUUCAUUAGCUUCACAGCAGAUCUGAUCCCCAUGGCUGUGUCAUCCGUGGUCGCGGCUUUUCGAACAGGUCUUCUCGUUACUGAUACAGCUCGACGAGUCGAUCCAGGCCAAGACUUGAACAGGAGCUGGGCACUUCUUGUCCCUGGUCAAAAGGCAACGAAGGCCUUCCAGGAGUUCUGGGAUGCCAACGACGGCGGCGUCUUGACUAGCAUGCCUUAUAUCAGUGCUUAUGCACCGAAUGGCAUUACCGUUAGCGGUCCCCCUCAGCGUCUUAGCGAUCUUGCAAAGUGGCUUGCUUCCAAGAGCAUCACGUCCAAAGCCAUUCCCAUCUAUGGCGCUUACCACGCACCUCAUCUGUACUCUCAGAAAGAUGCUCGACGAAUCGUUGAUGGCUUGAUGCUCAACAAGGCCGUGUCACCAUCCGAACAGACCCCUCUUCUCUCCAGCACAGGAUCCAAGCCUGAAGAGCGAAGCUUCGCAACACUCUUGGAAGAUGCCAUCGCGCAAGCUCUUCUUCAUCCUCUCCGCUGGAGUUCAAUCUUUGAUGAUGUCCAAGCUGCUCUUGAGACUACUGGGUCUCAGCAGUUUAGUGUUCAGUCGAUUGGUUCGAAUGCUGAGCAUUUGAUCUACACUGCUCUCAAGAAGACGUCUCUUCGGUAUCUCGUUCCAGAGACUACCGUGCCCAGCCAACCAACCAGUGUUCCUAGCGUUCCUGACGCUGGCACGAGUAAGCCAAAGCUGGCUAUCGUCGCCAUGUCCGGGCGCUUCCCUGGUGCGAAGGACAACGAAGCCUACUGGGAUCUUCUCUACAAGGGCCUCGACGUCCACAAGCCCGUUCCAAGUCUUCGCUGGGAUCAGCAAACACACGUCGAUCCUACCGGCGCAAGAAAGAACACGAGCGCUACACCGUUUGGUUGCUGGCUAGAUGAUCCUUCUGAGUUCGACGCUCGCUUCUUUAACAUUUCUCCCCGUGAAGCUCCUCAGAUUGAUCCCGCACAGAGGUUAGCUCUCAUGACAGCUUACGAAGCCAUCGAACAAGCUGGUAUCGUCCCUGAUGCCACGCCCUCUACUCGACCCGAUCGUGUUGGUAUCUUCUACGGAGUCACCAGCAACGACUGGUUGGAAACGAACAGUGCUCAAAACAUCGACACGUACUUCAUCCCCGGCGGAAACAGAGCUUUCAUCCCCGGCCGCAUCAACUAUUUCUUCAAGUUCAGCGGUCCCAGCUACGCCGUCGACACAGCAUGUUCAUCAUCCCUCGCCGGAAUCCAUCUAGCCUGCAACGCCCUCUGGCAAGGCGACGUCGACACUGCCAUCGCCGGCGGUACUAACGUCUUGACUAACCCGGAUUACCACGCUGGUCUUGACAGGGGACACUUUCUCUCGCGCACAGGGAACUGCAAGACUUUUGACGAUGGCGCUGAUGGGUAUUGUCGCGGUGAGGGUGUGGCGACGAUUAUUAUCAAGAGGCUUGAUGAUGCGAUUGCGGAGAACGAUCCGAUCUUGGGUGUUGUUCUUGGUGCGUAUACGAAUCAUUCUGCUGAGUCGGAGUCGAUUACACGGCCGCAUGUUGGUGCGCAGCGGGUCAUCUUUAACAAGAUCUUGAACGAGGCUGCUGUGGAUCCUUACUCUGUCAGCUACGUCGAGAUGCACGGAACAGGCACCCAGGCUGGCGAUGCCACCGAAAUGUCCAGCGUCCUCGAGACUUUCGCACCUCCCCUAGCAGAAGGCAAAGUCGCCCGUCCAGAGUCCCAAAAGCUCUACAUCGGCUCAGCGAAAGCAAACAUCGGCCACGGUGAAGCUGCCUCUGGUGUCUGCAGUGUAAUAAAAGUUCUUCAAAUGCUCAAGAAGGACACCAUCGUUCCACACUGCGGCAUCAAGAACAAGAUCAACCACCGAUUCCCCACUGAUCUCGAUCAACGCAACGUCCGCAUUGCUCUGGAGCCAACAGAAUGGAAGAAGGGCACAGAGACUAACCCCAGACGUGUCUUUGUCAACAACUUCAGUGCUGCGGGAGGUAACUCCGCGCUGUUGAUCCAGGACGCACCACCGAGAAAACAACUCAUUGCUAGCAAUGACUCUCGCGUCCAAUUCCCCAUCGCCAUCACUGCAAAGAGCGGUGUAUCCCUCCAAGGAAACAUGCGCUCAAUGCUCAAGUUCCUCAGCACAAACUCACACGUCUCCCUCGCCGAACUCUCCUACACCACCACAGCACGACGCAUCCACCAUCAGCACCGCGUUCUCAUCCCCGGAGCAACCCCUGAAGAAAUCUGCUCCAAGAUCGAAACAGCGCUACAAAAUAACACUGGCGUCACGAGACCCAAGGCUGCACCAAAGGUGGUCUUCACUUUCACUGGUCAAGGAGCUCAGUACCCUGGAAUGGGAAAACAGCUCUUUGAGGAGAAUGAGUUUGUGCGCAAUGAACUUCUUUCACUCGAUCGGAUUGCUCAGAACUUGGGUUUUCCUUCGAUGCUUCCGUUCAUUCAAUCUGAUGAGCCUGAUGUUGCCAAGUUUGCGCCUUCGCUUGUCCAGCUUGCUAGUGUUUGUCUCCAGAUUACGCUGAGCAAACUUUGGGCGACUUGGGGAAUCACUCCUACUGCUGUUGUGGGACAUAGUCUUGGUGAAUAUGCUGCUCUUAACGUCGCUGGUGUUUUGUCGGACACUGAUACGCUGUUCCUUGUCGGUGGUCGAGCUCAGCUUCUGGAACAGAAGUGUACUCGCGGUACACACGCCAUGCUUGUGGUGAAGGGAUCCCAGGAGGAGAUCGCCGGUGCUCUGAAGGGGCAAGAGUAUGAGACUGCUUGUAUUAACUCCCCCAUAGAGACUGUUCUUGCUGGUCCGAAUGAGCAGAUCGCCAAGGUCAAAGACCAGCUCACGGCGGCUAGCUUCAAGACAACUCUUCUCAAGGUCCCUUACGCAUUCCACUCGUCCCAGUUGGAGCCAGUAGUUUCCGACAUCGAAAAGCUUGCCAGCAAAGUGACCUUCUCCGAUCCCAGGAUCCCAGUUCUGUGCCCCUUGGAAGGUACUGUCAUCGAGAAUGAGAACCCCUUCAAUGCCUCAUAUCUCGCUCGACACUCCCGACAGCCCGUCAACAUGCUCACCUCACUGACUACUGCCUACCGCGACGGCUAUCUCAGCGAUCGCUCAAUGGUGCUCGAAGUUGGUCCUCACCCAGCUGUCUCAGGCAUGGUCAAACCCACCCUCGGCCAACAGAUCACCUGCGUCGCUUCACUCCAGCGGAGCCGAGCACCCUGGGAUAUGCUCUCCGCGGCACUCAAGAGUCUCUACGACGCUGGAGCAAGCAUCAAUUGGGCUGAUUACCAGAGCAACUUCCCUGGCGCACAAACUGUCGUGGAUCUUCCCGCUUAUAGCUGGGAUCUCAAGGAGUACUGGAUCCAGUACGUCAACGACUGGUCGCUGCGUAAGGGUGAUCCUCCUUUGGUGAUCAACAACGUGUCCAAGCUGGAGAGUACUACUAUCCACAGUGUUGUUGAGGAGAGCGGUGACUCUAAGAAGACUCAUAUUGUUGUUGAGGCCGAUAUUGCUCGCAAGGAUUUGAGCCCGCUCGUUCAAGGUCACGAGGUCGAUGGGAUCCCUCUCUGCACUCCUUCUGUCUAUGCUGAUAUGGCGCUGAGUCUUGGUAAGUAUUUACUUGAGAGAUAUCAGCCACAACAGAAAGGUGAUAUGGUUGUUGUCUCGGACAUGACAGUGUCCAAGGCCCUGAUCCUCCGUGGUGAUGGAUCGCGACAGCCUAUUCAGGCCCAUGCUGAUGCAGACUGGUCAUCUCAGUCAGUCUCGAUCAAGUUCAUGUCUUUCGAUAACAAAGGUAAACUGCAAGAACACUCCGCUUGCGUAGUCCGCUUCAAAGACCGAAGCCAUCAAGACGCCCUCCAAAGCGAAGCUCCCACCACCAAGCAAAAGAUGCAAAACCUCCGCAACCAAAUCACCACCGGCGAAAGUGCCCGCUUCAACCGCCCCAUGGCAUACCGCAUGAUCCGUCCCCUCGCCCGCUUCCACGACGACUAUCGCGCCAUUGACGAAGUCGUCCUCAAUAGCGAAACCCUCGAAGCUUCUAGCAAGAUCAGCUUCGGCACCGUCAAGCGUGACGGUGACUUCCACACUCAUCCCGCUGUCAUCGACGCUCUUACUCAGUCUUGUGGUUUUGCUAUGAACUGCAAUGAUCACACUGAUAUUGAUGUCGAUGUCUACAUGAACCAUGGCUGGGGAUCGCUGGAGCUGUUUGAGCCGCUGGACUUUGAGAAGGAGUAUACUACUUAUACUCAGAUGCAUGCUGGAGAGGAUAAGCUCUGGUAUGGUGAUGUGACAAUCUUUGAUCAGGAUAGGGUUGUUGCUUUCUUUGGUCAGAUCGCGAUCCAAGGUGUUCCGCGAAGAGUCCUCAAGGUUAUUCUCUCAAUUGAGAGCGGGAAGAAGGGCCAGCCUCAGCGCCAGACGCAAGAGAAGCCCCGAAACACUCCCUCGCAACCAAAAGAGUCUACCCCCAAGCCAGCACAGAACAAACCAGCUGCCAAGGUAGAGCCACCAAAGUUCUCUACCGCAAUCCGCAUUAUCUCAGAGGAGAGUGGCAUCGACGUCUCCGACUUCACCGACGGCACAACCUUCUCAGACGUCGGCAUCGACUCCCUCCUCGGUCUCACCAUCUCCGCUCGCUUCCAAGAAGAACUCGACAUCGAUCUUGACUUCAACGCUCUCUUCUUCGAACAUCCCACCGUCAAAGAUCUACGAACCUUCCUCGGCGCAGACGACGAUGUCUCUGGAAGUUCAUCCUCUGCAGCUAGCGACUCAGGCCGUGACAUGACUACCACUGGAAGCGCUACCCCAGAGCUUCAAGAGGAGUUUGCGGAAUCAGCUGAAGUUGAGUUUGAGCGCGCUCUUGAGAUCAUCUCUGAGGAGAGUGGUGUUGCGAGAUCUGAUUUAGAUGAUGAGACGAACUUUGCGGAUUGUGGUGUUGAUUCACUCUUGUCGCUUGUUAUUGCGAGUCGGUUCCAGGAUACGUUUGGUCUGGAUAUUGCGCAUGAGCAGUUGUUUAUGGAGUGUCAGACUGUUGGUGAUCUCAAGGCUAUGUUGGCGCGAGAGAUGGGUUUGGCUACGCCGGCUGCUAAACCUGCUGCGGUUCCUGCACCUGUUGUCUCUGAGGCUGUCGCGCAAGAAACAGUCAUCACCCACAGCGACACUUCUAACCUCGCUGAACGCGAACAAGCUAUCACUCAGCUUGUCAACAAAUACACCGCGGGCUUCAAAGCACCCACUUCCAACCCCAACGGUCCUCCUCUCGGCAAGAACGAAAACGUCGUCCUCGUCACAGGCGCAUCAGGCGGUUUGGGAAGCCAUCUCGUCUACGCCCUAGCGCAACUAGAAGAAGUUCGCGCUGUCGUAUGUCUCAACCGCCCCAACAGGGAAGACGCGACGACCCGCCAGUACAAGGCUAUGAGAGAUAAGGGCAUCCGCUUCCCAGAGCAUCUAAAGUCCAAGGUUCGCAUCUUACAGGCCGAUACCUCGAAGCCAAAGCUUGGAGUUACCGAUAGCCAGUACGCGUCUUUGAUCCAGUCUGUUACGCACAUCAUCCACAAUGCGUGGCCCAUGAGUGCGAAGCGUCCCCUCUCUGGCUUUGAGUCGCAGUUCCAGGUCUUCCGCAAUCUUCUUGAUCUAGGCCGUGAGUGUGCCUCCGGUCGUCCUGCAGACUUCAAGUUCAGCUUCCAGAUGAUUUCGUCAAUUGGUGUCGUUGGACAGUGGGGCCUUGCUGCUGGUCAGACGGGCAAGAUUGUCGUUCCUGAGGAGAGAACUACCAUCGACUCACUACUCGGUAACGGGUACGCUGAAGCGAAAUGGGGUUGUGAGAGGAUGCUCGAUGAGACUCUCCACAAGUUCACCGAUCGUUUCCGUCCCAUGGUCGUACGUCUUGGUCAGAUCGCUGGGUCCAAGACGAGUGGCUACUGGAACCCCAUGGAGCACUUUGGCUUCCUCAUCAAGUCCUCCCAGACUCUGAACGCUCUUCCCGACGUCGAUGGCAAUCUCAACUGGACUCCCGUCAACGACAUCGCCGACACUCUAACAGAUCUCGUCCUCUCCGACCGCACCCCAUACCCAAUCUAUCACAUCGACAACCCCAUCGGCCAACAAUGGCGCGACGUCAACAACAUCCUCUCCGACGCCCUUCGCAUUCCCAACAAAGUCCCGUUCAAGCAGUGGCUCGACAUGGUGCGCAAAGCUCCUCAGCAGGAUAACCCGGCUGCUCUGCUCGCAGACUUCCUCGAAGAUACAUACCUGCGCAUGGCUUGUGGUGGUCUUGUUCUCGAUGUGAAGCAUUCGCUUGAGCACUCCAAGUCUUUAUCGGCGGUUGGACCUGUUUCUGAGACUGUGGUGAGGAAGUAUAUCCAUAUCUGGAAGGAGAUUGGGUUCUUGAAGACCACGGCGGAGGAUAAGGCUGGGUUUGAGGCGGAGAGGCUGAAGCUUUGGGGACCUAGAGUGCAGGGUUGA